CCCCCCUCCGCGAAAACAUCCGGCGGAGGUCGCGUUGUCCGGGUAACCGUCGAGCGAGAAGCGGUUGGUUUGUCGCUCGGAGCCGGGCCUGGGCCUGGGCCCAUGCCCCUCCCCCUCGCGGCCCCAGCUGGGGUAGGGGGCGGGGAGCCGGUAUCCCGGCCUGGCGGAGCGCCAAUCGGACAGAGAGGCGGAGCCCGGGUAGUUGCUGCAAACGGUUUUGGACACUUUCCACUCUUAGAUGUGGACAAUAUUGACAAACGUGAGGACCUGCUGCCAGAUACAUUUGAAGAUCUCUAUAGCUAACAAUCAGACAGUAAUUUAAACAAUGGCUGGAGAGGAAUAUGCUUCAAUGAUGGAGGAGGGCAGUGUGGAAGAGAUGGACACAUCUGAUACACAGUGGAACUGGUACUAUUUGGGUGAAUGUGGAAAAUGGCACAUUUUUGAGAGGGACCCAAAUAUUUCAAGUUCUCUGAGCAGCGAAGAUAUUGAAAUGAUGUACAGGAUGAAUCCACAAGGUUGUCUUUCGUUUUCCACUGCAAAAUUCAACUACACAUUAGAUUUCCAAGCAAUGACACAAACCAAUAAAGCAACAGGGAGACAACGACCAGUGAAACGUGCAGCCUUCACGGUCACUGCUUUCAGUUUCAUAUGUGGAAAUGAAGAAAUUCCGGUACCUGUACAUUGGGACAGUAUAGAGCGAGAGAAACCUUAUCAGCUCAACCCAUUGCACAAAUCUUCAAAUGAAUAUGUGGAAGUCGCAAAACUCUUUGGCCACUCAAUUGACCAAAAUCGAAUCAAGAAAAUUCAAAGAAUUCAGAAUCUAGACUUAUGGGAAUUCUAUUGCAGAAAAAAACUUCACUUGAAAAAGAUGAGAAAUGGUAUAGAGCUGAAUGAGAGAAUGCUCUUUCAUGGUACAGGCAAUGAAUUUGUCGAAGCAAUAUGUUUACAGAAUUUUGACUGGCGAUUAAAUGGAUUGCAUGCUACAGUCUAUGGAAAAGGGACUUAUUUUGCCCGUGAUGCCUCAUACUCCAGCCGUUAUUGCCGUACCACCGAAAUGACUGAGCCAUUCUUACAAAUACCAUCCUCAUCUGCACCACAUCGCUGGCGAUCGAAUUUUAAGACGAUGUUCCUCGCCCGAGUUCUUGUGGGUGACUAUACCACUGGAGAUCCCAAAUAUACUCGGCCUCCUUCAAGAGAUGGAAGUCUGGUGAACCUGUACGACAGCUGUGUCGAUAACAUGGAGAAUCCAAAGAUUUUUGUUAUAUUUGACUCUAACCAUAUUUAUCCAGAAUACCUAAUUGAAUUUACGUAAUUGCAAAUUAAGCAAUUCUUGCUCAGAGACAGGAAAAUAAAUAAAAUGAAGUCAAUUGAAUUAUGUUAUAAAUGUAACAAUUUCUUCAGCUGUCAAGGCUAAUUUUGACAGCCCAACCUGUCAGUAUGUUGUGGUCAUGGAAUGGUUGCAGAGAUGGUGGACUUAAUGUUGGAACUUCCUGCCUCAUGGUCAAAGCAGCUACCUGAAUCGAGUAAGGGCAUCUCAUGAAUCUCUGCAGCUAAGCACCCUACCAUAUACAUGAGACCUUGCUGACAUUGUGAAGGCCGAUGGAGUUGAUUAGCUGACAUUGCCACUUCACUGUGCUCAGUAAAGCUUGGAGAAAUGUGAGUAAAGUCUGUUUGCCAACUAAGGGAAUUGGGGGCGGGGCGAAUCCCACAUUUUCUCCCCACUGUGGAACAGCCUCGAAUCCCCACUAAUCCUACCUUUUCUAUUGCUUGAUCAUCCUUUGGAAAUCCUGCUAUUCCAAAGAGGGUGAGCUGCCUCAGGACACUUGACACUAUUAAUGUAUCUACGAUCUCAAUGGUCUAGGAAAGAAAGGCUUGCCUUUAACAUAUUAUAUUUCAUGACUGUAGGACAUCUAAAAGCACUUUAUGGACAACUAAAUACUUUUGAAAUGUAAUCACUGUUUUUGGAAAGUCACAGAUAAUUUGUGCACAGUAUGCUCCCACAAAUACUAAUGUGAUAAUGAUCAGAUAAACUGUUUCAGUGGUAUUCAUUGGAGCAUAAAUAUUUGCCUUGAUAAUAAGGAUAACUCCAUGGCUCUCUGCAAACUGGUGCCAUGGGAUUGUGUACAUCCAUCUGAAAGGGCCUUUACUUAAUGCCAAAAGACAGCAACUCUAAUUGUGCAGUUCUUCAAUUCCUUCAGUGCAGGUCUCUAGAUUGGUACAAGAACUCACAACUUUUCAACUUGAAGAACUUCUGGUUGCAAUUCUUGAGGUGGCUGUCCCACAGAUCCCCAAAACCUCCUUUAACCCUGAAUCAAAGUGAGAAGAAUCAUGAUUCUGGUUAAGUCUGCUCAUGCUUUCACUGGUAACCACAAUACAUUCUAUUGACCAGCUGCUAGAAUUGUAAAACAUUAAUGCAACUAAAAGUAGAAAUGCCAGCAGGCCUGGAUAGUCGGGUGUUGAAGAAUACUUAUGGUCGGGAUUGAGGUGAUUUUAUUGGAGGUACUAGAGUAAUUUUUGACUAACCCUCUGUUCCAUUCUAUCCUCCUGUUAUGUUUCACAUUUUUAUGCAGCCUUCCUUCAAACACUGUGGUACUCCGUUCUCUGAUCCAGCAUGAAUAAUCCUAGUGUUUUUUAACAGCUCCUAAAAGCGGUUAUUCUCAUCCCUGGCCUCAGGCUGGCUGCUCAUAUUGUACACUUCCUGAAGUAACAAUGUUGUAUCUUAUGACAUAUCACAGACUAUGUAACUUCCUACUCACAGUUUACAAAUAAUAAAAGUAAGGUAGAGGCAUCAAAGGAAUAGACAACAGUUGAGCAGAGACUCAUGCAUUUUGAAAGAAUAUUGGAUGAGUGUAUUGAGGAGAGGAUACUGAGAUACAGUGACAAAUUUGGGCAGUAGGAUUGGUUUAAGCUUACUCCUUUAGGAGCUCCAUUAAAUUCAUCUCAAUAUCCCUCAAUAUUCUUGGAUGCCUACCAUCUACUUUGCAAUCCAUUAUUGUUUUAAUAUGGCUUUCUUUAAGUUCAUAUUUCCAUUAGGGCCGAUUUGAUUGGCUCCCACAUUCCUGUUGACAAUAUAAUGCUUUUGUUUUAAAACCUUCACCGUUUGCGCAGUCUCAUGUACAGGCACAUCUGCCUGAGCAAAUCUUUGGAUUUUAAUAUUUCUUAAAUUUUUUUUUAAAUUUUGGAUGCUUAUCUUUCCUCAUUAUCUCUCUUAGUUCCUACCUUCCCAGUUUCUUCCUAUGUUCAACAUCUAUAUUUUUUGAGUUUUGAAAAAAAGAGCCCACCUAGUGAAUGUGGAGGGGAUUAAGCAAAAGAUAUUUCCCAUGUUCGAAUAUCUUGCUUACUAAAGGGAUAAGGAUAAACCUAGCAACUACAAGCCAAUCAGUUUAAUCUUGAUAGUGGUAAAGAUUCUGGAAGCAAUAAACCUUUAUUUGAACAGAAAUUAUUAGCAUUUCAUUUUUCUAAAUGUUAACAAACAUGGUUGAAUUAAUUUGCUUCCACAUUCAAGUUUUGUUGAAAAUUAACCUAACAUGAGCAUUAAAAAACAGACAGAACUUUUCUUGUUUUUGCUUAUGCUUAUCUGUCUGACCUGAUUCAACUUUAUGAACAUAAACAAGCUAUAACAAUAGUUAUGUAAUUAAUGAUGGAUUUUUUUGUAUAUUUAGUUAUACCUUUUCAAAAGUAUUUCCUAACUUUCAUAAAUUAAUAUUAAUAAAGUUUUAAAAAUGA